UCAAAUUUUCUAUCCAGGUAACACACGCAGGGAGAGAGAGAGAGAGAGAUGGCUUCAGGUUGGGGGAUCACAGGAAACAAGGGAAGGUGCUACGACUUCUGGACGGACUUCAGCGAGUGUAUGUCUAGUUGCAGGGAGCCCAAAGACUGUUCACUUCUAAGGGAAGAUUACCUCGAGUGCCUUCACCAUUCCAAAGAGUUCCAACGGAGAAACCGUGUUUACAAAGAAGAGCAGCGUCAAAUAAGAGCUGCUGCAAGGAAGGCCAAAGGAGGUGGAGAUGGCGAACACAGUCAUGCGUAGGAUCCAAUCAUUGGUCAUCUUUUGGUUUUUGUGAAUAAAGAUUGGUUUGCCCUGUUGCAUUUUGAGGGGUACUGGUAUGUUUUUGUAGACUGUUUUCUGUUGCUUCCAGAUUGAAUUAGGUUUCUUUCUGUAUGCAAAAGGGCGUAAUAUCAAUCUAUACUUGGAUUGGAAGACCAUUGAUCACUGCUUUAACGAGAACUUGAGCUUGCUUUGUAAAUUGCUUAUUUGUUUCUUUCA